AUGCUGUCCAAACUUUCCAUGCUCGCUCUGGCGAGCUAUGCCACCGCUGAACUCGCCCCCAUUCACAUCAAGGGCCAGAAGUUCUUCUACGAGAACGGUACCCAGUUCUUCAUGAAGGGUAUCGCCUACCAGGAGGAGUCAUCCGCCAAGGGUCAGACCAACGAUGACAGCGACAAGUACAAGGAUCCCCUCGCUCAGCCCGACCUCUGCAAGAAGGACGUUCCUCUGCUGAAGGAGCUUGGCAUCAACACCAUCCGCACCUAUGCCAUCAACCCCAGCGCUGACCACAGCGAGUGCAUGGAGCUACUCGACGAGGCUGGCAUCUAUGUCAUCUCUGAUCUCUCCCAGCCUGCGCUGUCCAUCAUCCGUGACGCCCCCGAGUGGACUGUCGACCAUUACAAGCGCUACAUGGCCGUUGUCGAUGAGCUGGCCAACUACAGCAACGUCAUCGGUUUCUUCGCCGGCAACGAGGUCUCGGAUGCCAACAACAACACCGAGGCUUCUGCCUACGUCAAGGCUGCCCUUCGUGACACCAAGGCCCACAUCAAGGAGAAGGGCUACGGGCUUGGUGUCGGCUACGCUACAAACGACCACCCUGACAUCCGCGAUGACAUUGCCACCUACUUCAACUGCGGUGAGGAUGAGGAGGCCACUGACUUCUGGGGCUACAACAUUUACUCGUGGUGCGGUGACUCCUCCAUGCAGGAGUCUGGCUACGCCGACUGGGUCGAUUACUACAAGGAUUACAACGUUCCCGUCUUCUUCGCCGAGUACGGUUGCAACACUCAGGGUGGCGCCGAGGGUCGUGAUUUCGAGGACACUCGUGCUCUCUUCAAUGAUGAGAUGACUAGCGUCUUCUCUGGUGGCCUCGUAUACAUGUACCACCAGGAGGACAACGACUAUGGUGUCGUCGAGUACAAGAACAACAAGCCCCAGAGGAUGGACAACUUUUACGAGCUCAAGAAGGCCCACGCCGAGGUCGACCCCAAGGGUGUCGACGAGGACGACUACGACCAGGAGCACGAACGUGAGGAGUGCCCCGAGCUCUCCCAGUUCUGGAGGGCCAACGCUCGUCUGCCCCCCACCCCCAGCGAGGAACUUUGCGAUUGCGCUGUUGCCGCCUCUGGCUGCCAGGUCAAGGACAACGUUGACAAGGAAGACUACGGCGACAUCUUUGACUUCAUCUGCGAGAACGAGGGCGAACUCUGCACGGCCAUCAACGGUAACGCCACCACCGGUAUCUACGGUGCCUACUCGGCCUGCGACGCCAAAUCCAAGCUCACCAUCCUCCUGGGCAUGUAUUACGAGGCUCUUGACAAUGCCUCAGAUGCCUGCGACUUUGACGGCCAGGCCUCCACCAAGGAUGCUGACGAUGACGACGACUGCGCCGACGCCCUCGCCUCUGCUUCCGAGAUCAACGCCGAGGCUGCUACUGCCACUGGCGCCAUGUCCGAGCCUGCCUCCACCGGCGACUCUGACGAGGCUGACGACGAGGACUUUGGUAUCACCAACGCCCCCAUCGCCCGCGUCUUCAACUCCGCCGUCGGCCUGUACAUGGUCGUCGCUGCUGGCGUUGGUGCUGGUGUUGUUCUCCUGUAA